UAUUUAAAAUCAGAUAAAUACAAAACCCUAGUUUAUCACCCCAGGAAGCAUUCAAAGCCGCCGCCUUUGCGCCGAAGCCGCCCGCCCCAAAGUUGCUCGACGAGACCGCCCUCUCUACUUCCUCCACAGAACUCAAUGGAGGACGACACUAGUGCCAAGAAAGAAGAGGAGGAAUUCAAUACGGGCCCCCUCUCUGUUCUCAUGAUGAGUGUCAAGAACAAUACUCAGGUGCUUAUUAAUUGCAGGAACAACAAGAAGCUACUUGGUCGGGUGAGAGCAUUUGAUCGCCACUGCAACAUGGUACUGGAAAAUGUUAGGGAGAUGUGGACCGAGCUGCCUAAGACAGGCAAGGGGAAGAAGAAAGCACUUCCAGUUAACAAGGAUAGAUUCAUCAGCAAGAUGUUCCUUCGCGGAGACUCCGUCAUCAUUGUGCUACGAAAUCCCAAAUGAAGAUCUGAGAUUGAAAUGGGGAUUUUCAUGGAUAUAGCGUGUGCUUGGGGUUUUGAUCCUGCAAUGAUAUGAUGAACCAUCUCUUUUAACCUGUUUCAGAGCUAGUUGGAUGCAUUAGUUGUGAUGCAAUUUGCUGAACCUUGUUCUUACUGUAAAAACCUGUUGCUGCAAUCUUGAAUGUGCUUGAACUCCUUGUAAUAGAACUGUUAGCUGCAAUGGAUGGAGAUCUUAUUUCGUUCGCAUUAA